UAAACGAAAGUAGAGUCUGCGGUGCGAGUGUCACUGGGUAGUGUUGAGUUUUCCUUUUGUUGGUCGGUCUGGGUAUGCUUUUAUGCUUUGGGAUAAAUUAAAUGGCUGUUUUUAUUUUUUGUAGGCUAGUUUGGCUGAGGAUGGAUCGCACAACAUUUUCUCUGUUUCCGGUAACAUGCUAAAAAAAAAAAAAAUAGGGUAGUACUGUCAUCUUUCUGUCUGCUAGGAGUGUUGAAAGACAAAUAUGAGUGAGGAUUUCUUUAAAAAGUUGCCAAAAGUGGAGCUCCAUGCACACAUCAAUGGAUCCAUUAGUGAAUCGACCAUGCAUCAACUUGUUGAAGGAAAGCAGAUAACUUACAAUCCAGCUUCCCUUAAGUUUAAAAAGGGUGAAACCGGUACAUUGAAAGAAGUGUUCAAAUUAUUCAAACAGAUUCAUGAAGUAACAAAUAAUGAGAAAGCAUUAUAUAAGGUAACAUAUGAUGUCAUACAUGAGUUUGCAGAAGAAAAUGUAAAAUAUAUAGAAUUGCGUACAACUCCAAGAGAAGAACUGUCUACAGGAAUGACAAAGACCUCAUACAUUGAGACGGUACUUAAAGCAAUCAGGGAUUGUGCAAAGGAGAACUUAGACAUCAUAGUAAAAUUAAUUCUGGCUAUAGAUAGAAGACAGACUCUCCAGGUUGCUAUGGAUACAGUACAGCUGGCUGUGAAAUAUAGGGAGGAGAGCAAAGGUGUGGUUGUUGGCAUUGAUUUAAGUGGAGAUCCAAAUGUUGGCAAUGCAGAUGUUUUCAUUCCAGCGUUUAAGGAGGCACAGAAACAUGGACUAAAGUUAGCACUACAUCUGGCUGAAGUUCCAGCCCCAGAAGAAACUAUGACCUUGUUACAAGAAAUUAUACCAGACAGGAUUGGACAUGGCACAUGCUUGCAGCCUGAUGCUGGAGGGACCAGAGAUAUUGUACAGUUUGUUGAAAGUCAUAAAAUUCCAUUAGAGUUGUGUUUAUCCUCAAACAUUAUCAACAUGACAGUGCCAGGAUACGAUAACCAUCACUUCAAAUUCUGGUAUGACCUGAACCAUCCAUGUGUUAUAUGUACUGAUGAUAAAGGUGUAUUUUCUACCUCCUUAACUGAAGAGUACUCCGUAGCAGCAGAUACUUUCCAAUUAUCAAGAGAACAAGUUUGGGAACUGUCUUACAACAGUAUUAAUAGUAUAUUUUCUGAUGACAAUACAAAACAGCUUUUGAGAGAUAAAUGGAAGACAUUGAAAGACAAUGUUCAGAACCAUUAAUGUUGUGCUACUUUAUAGGGAUUGCCAACUGAGUAGGAAUUUUACUUGUUUGUUGGGGAAUAAGUCCUUUGAAAACUUUUUUGCAAAAUUGUUGAGUUUUGACUUUAUGAAAAUGUGUUAACCAGCUACCAAUUUGUUGUGUUCAUGUUCAAAAUGUUGCAGAAACUGCUCUGGCAUUGCAGAUUAUUUUACGAUUAGGAUUAAAAAAAAAUCCGAACCAUC